AUGCCCCCUACCAAGGCUCGCCAUUCCUGUAAAGCAUGUCGGCGCCUCAAGAGGAAAUGUAGCAAAGAUGUCCCAUCAUGCACAAUAUGUGACCGUCUUGGCAAGCGGUGUGAAUACGCAGACCUUGCAACGCCUUCAAGUUCCGAAACGAGUCCCCCUAACCUUGCGGAACCUACAAACCAGUCAUCUACUUUAUCAAUCCAGAAUCAGAGGUUUCCUUUAUCUUUCUUCCUGGAUUCGAAUUUCUUCACGCCCUUAAACGUCAGCAAUGCACUGGCCCCGGGUCCUCGACUCGACCUGCAGCAGAUCAUAGCACAGCACUUGGCCCCUGGCGAUCUACCAGCACUCUUUGAGGAAUACUUCCUCUCGGUACAUGAGUGGCUUCCUAUGAUAAGCAGAAAACGACUGACAUAUACCGACCCUUUCAGCCAAGAUGGUUGUUAUGAUCUCGUCUUAUUAUGCAUGAAGAUAUGCACCGUCAAACCUAAAAGCCCGUCUCCAUCCCAAGAACCAUUAUACGUCUUAGCAAAGUCACUUUGCUCAGCUGCUGAGAGUGAAGGCCUUGUUUCACUACGACUGGUUCAAAGCCUAGUCCUUUUGGCCGUCUUCGAGUACUCCCACGCCAUAUAUCCCGCCUGCUAUUUUACCAUUAGCCGUGCAGCGAGACUAGGUAUAUUGAUGGGUUGGCAUGACAGAGAUGCACAGCAGCUUUUCCAACUGGGUGAUUCUUGGUCAAAACGAGAAGAGCAGCGAAGAACAUGGUGGGCUAUAUUUGUACUCGAUAGGUUUGUAAACAUCGACACCAGCGGGAUGCCAUUUGCUGCACCGGAGCCUUGUCCUGACGAGUUACUGCCAGUCAACGACGAAGAUUGGGCCUUGGGAAAGACAGUACCAAGUGAGCCGCUAUACACGGCUUGCUUCAGCUCUAUCACGACACUGGGAUCGUUUGCAAGAACUUGCCAAGCGGCCCACAUGCUUGGCAAAGUGAUUCAGCACAAAGAAUUGCGAACCAAAUCCUCGCAGGAUAUACUCCAUGUUGUACAGGAAGGACAGAGUCUCCAUCGGGCAUUAUCUUCCUUACAGCUCUCCAUUGAGGAGCAAAUGUCAAGCAACAUUUCGUCUUUAUCAAAUCGCUCUUUGGCAUGUGCUGUUGCUGUAUGUAUUUGUGCCCAGGCCCUUCUAUAUGGAUCAUACGGCUGUCCUGAUGCCCCUGGGGUAACGAGCCGGGAGCGCUUGUCCCACGAGACAGAAAUGCAGAGUGUGAGCGUUCAAGGCUUAAGAGCUCUCGGCAGUUUGCUUGCCCCCAAACUGGUGCAAGUUCAAUCUGAUUGUCCUCUUUUAGCGAGGUGCUUCUAUACUGCUUCCAACGCAUGCGCGUGGUUCGUUCGGGAGGACUACGAACCUCAGAUGCGCAGUGCCUUGAUGUCUUUAGUGGGCGAGCUGAGAAGGCUUUCAGAGUGUUGGGAAAUUGCAAUCGAGUAUAUUGCUCUGCUAGAACAGGGAGGGAUCUUGAAUCUUGUCAGCAACCAGGUUUAA